AUGGCGAGCGCACCAACCCUGGGCGGCGGGCCUCAGAAGAAGCACAAGGUGACCAUCGUGGGAUCCGGUAAUUGGGGUUCGACCAUUGCCAAGAUCCUUGCCGAGAACACCCGCGCAAAUGCAGACAUGUUCGAGGAAGAGGUCCAGAUGUGGGUCUACGAGGAGCAGGUCACGAUUCCCAAAGACUCCAAGUUCUACGACGCCGCCGUCGGGGAUGCGCCUCAAAAGCUCACUGAGGUCAUCAACAAACAUCACGAGAACAUCAAGUACCUUCCGGGCAUCGCCCUGCCCUCCAACAUCGUCGCCAACCCCGACAUCCGCGACGCCGUCAAAGACUCGACCAUCCUCAUCUUCAACCUGCCCCACCAGUUUAUCGGAAAUGUCUGCAAGCAGAUCAAUGGCCAUAUUCUGCCCUAUGCUCGCGGCAUCAGCUGCAUCAAGGGUGUCAAUGUCACCGAUGACGGCGUGAGCCUGUUCAGCGAGUGGAUUGGCGACGGCCUGGGCAUCUACUGCGGCGCCCUCAGUGGUGCCAACCUCGCCCGUGAGAUUGCCGCCGAGAAGUGGUCUGAGACGACCAUUGCCUACGACCCGCCGACGAUGGACCAUAGCAGAGCCCCGACGCCGCGUACAGGCAGUCCGAACCCAACCACCGGCGAAAUUCCUGAGAUCCAGCACAAGGACGCCCGUGGCCGUGCCUCUACGACCAAGCUCACCGCAGUGCCUAGCGACUACCCUCCGUUGGACCAGGACUGCUUCCGCACUCUCUUCCACCGCCCCUAUUUCCACGUCCAGUUGGUCUCUGAUGUUGCUGGUGUGUCUCUGAGUGGUGCCCUCAAGAACGUGGUUGCCCUGGCUGCUGGUUUCGUCGACGGCCGUGGCUGGGGUGACAAUGCCAAGGCAGCCAUCAUGCGCAUUGGUCUCAUGGAGAUGGUCAAAUUCGGCAAGGAGUUCUUUGGAGAGACUGUUCAGACUGCGACCUUCACCGAGUCGUCUGCUGGUGUCGCCGAUCUGAUCACCUCAUGCUCCGGAGGUCGUAACUUCCGAUGUGCCAAAAUAUCCGUGGAGAAGGGCAUCAGCGUACAGGAGGUGGAGAAGCAAGAGCUCAACGGCCAGAAGAUCCAAGGAACAACCACUGCGGAGGAGGUCAACAGUUUCUUGAAGGCGAGAGGUCUUGAGUCAGAAUACCCCCUCUUCACUGCCGUCAACGACAUUCUGCUUGGCAAGAGGCAGGUGGAUGAUAUCCCCAACCUCAUGCAGGACUCUUAG